AUGCUUGUUCCUAAGCUGACACUGCUGCUAGUGCUGCUGCAUGCAGCAUUUGGCUCCGCCUACCGCUGGUUCAAUUGGCAGUAUGAGGUCACUUGCGAGUGUGACGCCUAUAUUGCUCCUCAGAAUGAAGAAGCCGCCGCAGAAUUCCUCAAGGAACAGUACCCCAAGGGCUCCCACAUCAAAGUUGUCGGAAAUGGCCAUGGAUUCGGCAACCUCUCGACCUGUGUUGACAAUUCUCUCACCGACAAGUCUUCCUACAUCGUUUCCCUCACCAACUUGAAGCACCUCGAAAUCAACAAGAAAGAUAUGACAGUCACCUUCGGUGCUGGCUGGGAUGUCUAUGACCUCACCGAAGUGCUGAAGGUCAACAAUUUAACAUUCAGCAAUCUCGGUGUUGAGCGUGUUCAAAACUUCGUCGGUGCCGCGUCCACCGGUACCCACGGCUCUGGAUCCAACAUCGGAAAUAUCGCAAGCCAGAUCAUUGGGCUUCGUGUGCUGGACGCCCAGGGUCACCUCCGUAUCAUCAAUGAGAAGCAUAACGCGGAAGAACUGAAAGCUUUCCGUGUCAGUCUUGGUGCCCUUGGUCUCAUCACAGAGAUGACUAUCAAGGUCCAACCUACCCUCCUCAUGAAGAGGACCACCAAAGUCUUGAAUGCCACCUCCGACUUCUCGAUUAUGUACAAUGAAAUCGCCCAACUGUACAAGGAGCACGAGCGUAUGACCGUUUGGGGUCCUCAUUUUGACUGGAAUGCAAAGACUCAAAGUUGGGACCUUGAGCCUACCUACUUCCUCUCUUAUUGGGAGCUGACUGACUAUGACGGUGUUCGCAAUUGUUCUUCUAAUUACUGCGCUAACGGCUGCGGUGAUUGUAAAAAGGAGUACUUCUGCUACGACGACGUCAUUGACGCUGCUUCUUGUCCUCCCCAAGGUGUCUGCAGCCGAGAAUUCUACGCUGAGAUCGAGCACUUCCUUCCUAUUGAGUACUUUGCAGAAGCCGCCACCAACUAUACCUAUUACCAGCAGUCCCAGACCCCACGCAUGGACACUCCCUACAACUACCUGAUGGUCAUGCAACACCGUUCCCUCAAGGGCGAUGACGCAUAUAUGUCCCCUGUUAACACCUAUAACCUCGAUCCCUCCCUCAGCGGCGUUUUUGGUAUCAUUGAAAUUGAUUGGAUCCAAGAAUACAACAACUUCACCACACUUUGGCAGAACCAGGAGUUGGCGUACGAAUUCCUUCCUAAAUUUGGUGAAGCCUACAACGUUCGGCCCCACUGGAACAAGAUGAACCCUCCUAAUGCCACCUACACCUUGGAGAAAUUCCCGAUGUUGCCCAAGUUCUUGGCCAUCCAAGAGCGUCAGGAUCCCAAGUGCCAGUUUGUGAACGAUUUCCUAUAUCGGCAACUUGGCAUUGAGCGCUGUGCGGAUUUCAUCUCCAUGUAA